AUGAAGUCGGCGAUAACUUGUACGAGACUGGCGAUCUUCACGGUGACCGGAAUCUUUCUUCAGAUCAUCGGACUCUCGAUUUUUGUCUUCGGUUUCUUCCCCGUCAAGCCGACUCUCUCCGGCGUCAGUGGUUCGGAGAGUUACCUGGAUCCGUUUUGUGAUUCCGCUAUGAAUUCGAACGAAUCUGAUCUUUAUCCUGAGAAAUUGAGAUUGCUCUACCAGGAAUUAUCUGGCAUCUCUUCUAAAUAUGAUCGGCUGAUUUUGAUGGUUAUUGAUGGGCUUCCUGCGGAGUUCGUUCUAGGGAAAGAUGGUCAACCUCCAAGGAAAGUAUGGAAAGAGUCUAUGCCUUAUACUCAGUCAUUGUUGGCUAAUGGAGUUGCAAUUGGGUACCAUGCUAAAGCAGCUCCUCCAACUGUUACGAUGCCGAGAUUGAAGGCAAUGGUAUCUGGGGCAAUUGGUGGUUUCUUGGAUGUGGCUUUCAAUUUUAACACACAAGCUCUAUUAGAUGACAACCUUCUUGGUCAGUUUUUUAGGAUUGGUUGGAAGAUGGUGAUGCUCGGCGAUGAGACAUGGCUAAAUUUAUUUCCUGGGCUAUUUAUGAGACAUGAUGGUGUUAGUAGUUUCUUUGUCAAAGAUACAGUACAGGUAGACAGAAAUGUUUCCCGACACUUGCCAACUGAGCUAAAUAGUGAUGACUGGUAUCUCUUGAUCCUUCAUUACCUUGGUUUGGAUCAUGUUGGACACACUGGCGGCCGAAACAGCCCCUUGAUGGCUGCAAAACUUAAGGAAAUGGAUGAUAUAGUAAGAACAAUGCAUUUAAGAGCCAUAAUGGAUCGUAGCCAUGAUCAAGGACAGACUCUUUUGAUAGUAGUCAGUGAUCAUGGCAUGACUGAGAAUGGAAAUCACGGAGGAUCUUCAUAUGAAGAAACUGACUCCUUGAUGCUCUUUAUUGGCUUGAGUAGCAAUAUUUCUGAAAAUGCUGCAGUUACUAAUAAUGAAGCUUUCCAGGUAGAUUUGGCGCCAACUUUAGCUCUUCUAUUUGGUGUGCCGAUCCCAAAGAAUAAUGUUGGAGUCCUUGUCCCAGGAACACUCAAUUCUUUAAGAGAUUAUGAGCAACUACGGGCACUAGAACUGAAUUCCUGGCAGUUACUCAGACUAAUGCAAGCACAGAUACCAAGUUCCUUGUUUGGAGGCUUCUCAUGCAAUUGCUUGCUUGAUCGAACAUGCAAGGGUCUUGAUUUGGAUAUUAGUGAGUGCUCUGGCGAGAAAGAGAAGCAACUAAUUUGCUUGUUUAGGAACGCUGCUGUUCUCCAUGGCAUUUGGAAGUCCAAGAAAUUGACAGAGUCUUACGGGGUGGAAGAUUUCAGCAGAGCUUUAGAUGCAUAUAACACCUUCUUGAAAACUGCAAGUGAGUGGUUGGCAAGCAAAACCACUGAAAAGCCUGUUCUCUUACUCGGUCUUGGAGUGAGUGCCAUGCUUCUUUCAUGCUUCGUCUGUGUCAGUCUCUUUCUGUCCUUAUUCAAAGAGGUUUACCAUGAGACCAAGGAACGAGUCUACAGUUUUAGUUAUCGGUUGAAUUUAGAAGAUGUGUUCAUUCUGGCCGUUCUUUUGAUCCUUGUUAUCAGUAUGGGGUCAAGUUCGAUGGUGGAAGAAGAGCAUUAUAUAUGGCAUUUCAUGGUAUCAACAUUCUAUCUUCUGUUACUCUUCAAGACGGCAAAGUCGUUCAGCUUUUCCAAGGGGAUGAACAUACUCGGAGACUAUAAAGUUUGUUCUGUCUUCUCGCUUCUUAUAUCUGGUAGACUACUAAGAGGUUGGCAUCAAGGUGGCGUGAACUGGACUUACCUUCCUGAUAUUUCGAAGUGGCUUGAGCAAGUUGGCAGUGGUUAUGUCAAAUGGAUUCAGCUAAUCUCGAACUUCCUAGUUAUUGGCCUGGGACUAUUUACUCUCUUUCGAACAGGAACUAAGAGAAACAGUGUCCGCAUCCUAGCACUUGGUUGCUCGACUUGUGGGUUCCUAGUCUUGCUGCACGCCAUGAGAUAUCAGGAUGAUAUGUUUGAAGUGUCAGCUGACUAUGGAGCCACUGUCACAGCAAAAGUUAUCUAUUUGCUUCUUUCUAUAUCUGCGAUUGGAGCUGCUUUAGUUAUGCCAUGGUCUAUGCUAAACAAAGACAAGUCCUCUCUAGCUGAAACCGGUGAUUGUUUGUAUUUUAUCGGCUCUGGAUACAUACUAUGCUGGUGUCUUCUACAGCUACUUCUACAACAACCGAUCAACUCGGGGCCCAUACUUUUGCUACUCAUCCAAAUCCUAGCAAUUUCAUGUCUUUCGUCUAAAGGUUUGCAGGUCAACGAAUGUGUUGAGAUUGCUGUACUCUACUACAUGGGAAUGGCAGGUCAUUUUGCUCUUGGCAACAGUAAUACUUUAGCAACCAUUGAUGUUGCUGGUGCUUUUAUAGGAAUCUCUAGUCAUUCUACAAUACUUUCUGGGAUCUUGAUGUUCAUGAUCACCUAUGCAUCUCCAAUGCUGUUCCUUUUAUCUCUUGUCAUGUACAUUGGUGCAAAUCUUAGAAACCGCUCACACUCAACAGUAUCAGCUCACCAGGAAACGAGUCUUGGACAAAUUUUGAAGCUCAACCUCGGGUUCCCUUGCCUUGUUCCUCUCUGUAUAAAUUCAAUACUCUUGACCGCAUACACUGUGGUCUUGCUACUCAUGAGGAAUCACCUCUUUGUGUGGAGCGUCUUCUCUCCCAAGUAUCUAUAUGUGUGUGCAACCACUCUUUGCACAUACAUUGGAGUUUGUAUCGUCGCUGUUACUGUAACCUACACAAUCUCUGUCACUACUUUUCUUACAACAACAAGACACAACAACUCGUAG